GGGAGGGGUAUGUAUGUCGUAGUAAGAACAGCGACGGGGUAAAUUGUUUCUGCAGGAGCAAGAGAAAAUGGCUGACAGGUUUGCAAGGGGAUUGAGCACAGCUCGUUACCAGCAAACGUUGCGCGCUGAAGCAGGGGAUCGUCGGGAGAUCCGUGGACGUCAAACAGAUGCACCAAAAAGGUGUUCUUCGACGGAGCUUCUCGGGGAUAUUCCAGGAGCUGAAGGGAGGAAUCGGAGACGAUCGCACCACCGCAAAUGGGAUUGGAUUCACGCAGGAAUGACCACGGAAACCCAGAGGAAAUGAAGAGGGUGUUGAGUCUUGGUUGGUAGAGUUGGAACUGGAGGGGGAAAAUAAAAAGAAAAUGUCAGUUUCGUUUCGGAUCAGAGAAUGACAGGAGACGAGAGG